AGUUCUACGGAUUCUGCCCCUAACAUUCCCACAAGCUCCUAUCAUAGGGUAAACAAUACUUUCCCAAUUCCAUCCCAUCUCAUCCAUCGGAGUGCAAUAUUUCAUGAUCAAGUUCAACACCAUUUGGCAAGGCUAAAUUCGAAUGAAGGUCGUUGAUGGUGAUGAUGAUCUCAUAACUAAAGUCCAAUGAAUCCAUCUAUAAGUUUUUUUUUUUGCGUCCCUGUUUAGCUUCCGAGCAUUUCUUGGCUUAGAUUCUUUACUCAUCAAAAAUGGCCUCCCAAGUAGUAGAUCACAGCAAGGAAGAAACCAUGAAGGUGAAAAUCACAAGCAAGUCCCAUGUGAAGCCCAACAAGAAACUUGGAAGAAGAGAAUGCCAAUUAAUUACCUUCGAUCUUCCAUAUCUGGCUUUUUACUACAACCAGAAGUUUUUACUGUACAAGGGGAGCAAUGACAGCUUUGCGAACAUGGUAGGGAAAUUGAAAGAUAGCUUACGGGUGGUUUUGGAAGAUUUUUAUCUGCUGGCUGCGAAGAUUGGAAAAGAUGAAGAAGGUGUGUUUAGGAUUGAGUAUGAUGAUAACAUGGAAGGUGUAGAGCUUGUAGAAGCAAUUGCAGAGGGUAUAAGCGUGGAUGAUCUAACGGCUGAGGAUGGAAGCACCACCACUUUGAAGGACUUCAUCCCAUGGAAUGGGGUCUUGAACUUGGAGGGCCUUCACAGGCCUUUGUUGGCAGUGCAGCUAACCAAGCUAAAAGACGGACUCGCAAUGGGCUGCGCUUUCAAUCAUGCCAUCUUGGAUGGAACCUCUACGUGGCACUUCAUGAGUUCAUGGGCUGAAAUAUGCAAGGGGUCCCAUUCAAUAUCCAUUCCCCCAUUCCUUGAACGCACCAAAGCACGCAACACACGCGUCAAGUUUGAUAUCUCCUUAUCCACGGACCGACAGAGCACAUCCCACUGUGAUGCCAAGUCAGCAGCUCCAGAGCUGAGAGAGAAAGUCUUCAAAUUCUCCGAAACUGCGAUUGACAGGAUCAAAUCAAUAGUCAACACUAAUCCUCCAUUAGACGGUUUAAAAUCAUACUCCACAUUUCAAUCACUUACAGCCCAUAUUUGGCGCCACGUAAGCCGCGCACGUGAACUAAAAGCGGAGGAAUCAACAGUUUUCAUCAUCUUCGCCGAUUGCCGAAAAAGGGUAGAGCCACCAAUGCCGGAUAGUUACUUCGGCAACUUAAUCAAGGCCAUAUUCACAGCAGUUACUGUCGGACAAUUACUGGGGAACCCACUAGAAUUUGGGGCUUCCGUUAUACAAAAGACGAUUGAAGCUCAUAAUGCGAAAGCCAUAGAGGAGCGAGCCAAAGAAUGGGAAAGUGCACCAAAGGUUCGCCAUUCAAAGGAUAUAGGAGUGAAUUGCAUAGCUAUUGGUAGCUCGCCAAGGUUUCGGGUUUAUGAGGUGGAUUUUGGUUGGGGCAAACCAGAAAGUGUGAGAAGUGGAUCUAAUAAUAGGUUUGACGGGAUGGUAUAUUUAUAUCCAGGGAAGAGUGGAGGAAGGAGCAUUGAUGUGGACAUUACUUUGGAAGCUGGAGCUAUGGAGAGAUUGAAGAAGGAUAAAGAUUUUCUUUUGGAGCCCUAGAAGAGAAGUGAGCAGUUUAUCUUGGUAAAUUCUUCGAUAAUAUUGAGAUAUAAUUAAAAUAUUAUCACUAAUGGUUAGUUUUAGAAAAUAACGCUCGUGCCGAAUAAUUCUUUUUUUUAAAAAAAAAAAAAAAGGGAAUAAAGUAAAAAAGUGAAAAAUACAUUUAAUUUUUCAUUGAAUUGAUGAAAUGGAUAGUAUAAUAUCAAAAUUUAUAUUGAAUUAAUUUAUAUUGAUGAAAUGGAUACUAUGAAUAGGCCUCUUAGAGCUAAUUGAGAGAAAGCAAACAUUACCUCCAGAGAAUCAGAGAGUAUAAGAGUUCCAAUAAAAUGAUAGUGUGAUUUUCUCAAAAUAGUUGGAAUUUCAUCUCUUGGAAUUCUAAUAAUUCACAAUUUUUGAUUUGUUUUAUUUUAUUAAUUGAUUUUCUUCUUCAAUUUUUUACAUUAUAAAUAAGGAUAGUUUGGCUUUAA